GAUCAAAAUGUGUUACAGUUCUGUCGGACAGUUCACCGUUGAAAGACGUCCAAUCACAAUGUCUUUGAAGCUGUUUUCGUGCCUCUUUGUUUUGGCCUUGUUUGCCUUUGCCUGUGAAGGACAGACCCAGUACAAUCCCUAUCUUCGAAACCCCUACUACCGGGACCUGUACUACCGGAACCGCGAUCUGUACAACCUGCGUCGCUUUUACGAUGGCUUCUACAAGAAGUACAAUCCCUACAUUGCUGCCGCCCAGGCCAGGAUUGUGGAGCAAGCCAACGAUGUGAACUACGGUGCUGGAACCUAUGCCUACAGCUAUGAGACUGAGAACGGCAUCCACGGAGAGGAGAAGGGUAUUCCCGUAAACACUGGUAACCGCGAAGACCAGGAAGAACAGGUGGAGGGCGCCUACUCCUAUAUCACUCCCGAAGGUCUGCGGGUGGGAGUGAAGUACCUGGCCGAUGCCAAUGGUUUCCGUCCAGUUGUCACAUAUGAUGGUGUUAACUCAGCUUUUUAUGCCGGACAGCCUGCUCCAGCCAACGUGGUCAUAACUAAGCACUAAGUACACGCUGCUCCUAAAAAUAGUUAUUUAUAGUACGGAAUACGUGUUCCCCCUUCUUUAGCUGUUUUAAAAUAAAUAAAAGUCAUACAAAUUAUAAAAAAGGCAUAUUUAAAUAU